AUAUUGGUAUCAACCUGACAGAUCCUAUGUUCAGAGGAAUCUACAGGGGAACACAGAAACAUCAAGAUGACUUUCUGGAUGUAAUAGAGAGAGCAGUCAAAGUUGGCAUUAAAAAGUUUUUGAUUACAGGUGGGAGUCUAGAAGAUAGUAAAGAUGCCUUGCAGCUGGCACAGACAAAUGACAUGUUUUUCAGUACAGUUGGCUGUCAUCCUACCCGCUGUGGAGAAUUUGAGCAGAGUAACCCUGAACAGUAUCUAUCUGAAUUAAAAAAUCUGAUUGAAAAAAAUAGGACAAAGGUAAUAGCAGUUGGAGAAUGUGGCUUAGAUUUCGAUAGAUUAGAAUUUUGCCCAAAGGACAUCCAACUCAAGUAUUUUGAAAAACAGUUUGACUUGUCAGAACAGAUGCAGCUGCCCAUGUUUCUGCACUGUAGAAACUCACAUGCUGAAUUUUUAGACAUAAUGAGAAGAAACCGAGAUAGAGUUGUGGGAGGGGUGGUACAUUCUUUCGAUGGCACAAAGGAACAAGCAGCUGCUCUAAUAGAUUUGGAUCUUUAUAUUGGAAUAAAUGGCUGUUCACUGAAAACAGAAGCCAACUUGGAAACACUGAAAUCAAUUCCUAGUGAACGAUUAAUGAUAGAGACUGAUGCACCUUGGUGCGGAGUGAAAAAUACUCACGCUGGAUCAAAAUACAUUAAAACUACAUUUCCUACAAAAAAGAAAUGGGAAAAAGGGCACUGCUUGAAGGACAGAAACGAACCCUGCCAUAUAAUAAGAGGCUAAACCCUCAAAAGGAACGUGACUUGAAUGUUCAUUUCACUCACUUGUUGUUCAGGUAAUUUUUAAAACUGAUCCAGCCCUGGGGGUCAGGGGACGGUCCCACAGGUGGGACGGUGCUGAGGCACCAGCAGUGCCUGACACUGCUCCUGUCACAGGCCUGUGACAUGAACUGCCACAACAUCCAUUUUGUCAGGGAUGUUUCUUCCUUCUGCUGUUGUGCUUCAAAGAACCUGAUCCUGUGAAGUUUAGAUAUGAAUGACAGCAGCCAAGAUAUAGAGUAGUGAAAGAUAACUCCAGGGGCUUACAGACAGAACUGGUAAGCACAGACACUGUUUUCUGCUUCUUUCCACACAGUUCCUCACUGAAGUGUGAAAAGCGGGAAAAUGUAAUUGUUUUAGUGAAAUUGUUUAGUUAUCUGCAUUAAAUACCAUUAAUAUAUGAUUAAUAGAUGAAAAUAGAUGCUGAAUUUUCAGAAUUCCCUGUCUAGAUUUUGAAAUAUUGCUCAGGAUAGUUCUAAAGAUCCAGGUAUGUAGCAAGGUGUCUAAACAAGAGUUUAUUUGAUAAGUGAAGAAAAUUCUGCUGCUUUUUGAGACAUGAAGGAACCUGGAAAACCACAGAUGAUGUAAAAGCACAGUUUAAGCUUACAUGGUGACGUCUCCUAGUGUUCAGAUACAUUUAAUGCAGUUAGGUUAAUUGUAAUAUUUGGUUUUUAGGGUUUUUUUUUUUGCAUUUUAAAUGUGAAGAGGACACAUUAGCAUGGAAGGGUUCCUUCAGUAUUUUAAGACUUUCUAGGGUCAGUCCAUGAUUUGGGAGUGAGGGAAGAGAUCAACUGGAAACACUCCUGAUGACAAGUAAAGGGCCUCUACUGUUACUAUUUCAACCAGCCCUUAUGUCAACAACACCCCCUCAUAUUUGUCUGCUGCCUUAGUUGUGGUUUACAGAAAUGUUUCAGAAACCUCCAAACUUGAAAUGCAUGGCUUGUCCUGCACAGAUGCACAGUGCACAAAUGCACUCAAGAUCAUUACACAAAUGCUGUUCUUUGGCUGUUGCCCUUUUUAUGAAAAAAAAAUUUGGUUCAACCUUAUUUUUAAAUUAUUAUCCCAGUAAUGUUCAUUAUAACCAGUUGAAUUUCAAGAACCUCUUAAUCCUUAAGAAAAAUGAAGAAUGGUAACUGAUAAAAUCUGGUGUGAGGGAAUGUUAGUCCACAGUGUUCUUAAUGUGUAAGGUAUAUAUACUGUUUAAAACAGCUCAGUUGGCAGGAGGAGUUUUCUAUUUGUCUGGUUUUGGUGGUGGUGGACACCUUUCCAUUUUGGUGGUGAUAUUUCUGCUUCAUAUAUAUAUUUAGAACUACUCCCCUUGGAAGCUUUUUUAAAAAAAAUUCAGCCACAAGAGACUUCUCUUUUCUCCUCCAGCAGUUUCACACACACAGUGUUACAGUAACAUACAGCCUUCUGCAUCCAAGUGAGAAGAGUUAAGUAAGGCUUAAGUUGUCUCGGAUGAAAUUCUUUGGAAUUUGUUACUUAUUUCUGUGUAGGCCUGAUCUCACUCCAUCUCAUCUGGAUUAUCCUCUUAAAUCAAGAAGCUGUUCGGCUAAAUCUCUUCUAGGAAAAUAUUUGAAAUAAAUGAAUAAUUAAAAGCAACUUUUCCUACUCUCUCUUUUCACCAAAAUAAGUUUAGCUGUUGCCUCAGCUUAGAGGCGAAAUCCAAAGCCCACCUACCACCCAAGCUUAAGCUUCUUACUCUUCACAAUGAAGUUUGAAGUUUUUUGCUGCUACUGGAAAAAUCAAAGCAUGACACAUCAGUUUUUGUUUUAAGAAUGACUGAUACAAAAUCAAGAAAGCAAUUGCAGAGAAAAGGUGGUGGCUUAGUUUUAAUCAUGUUCAUCCCAUUUCUUUUUCCUUCUCUUCCUGGCUUGUAUGAAGGCCCCGGGCCUUUUUCAAUUGCUCAUUUAAUAUUUACUGCAAAUACCUGACUACAUUAAUCACAAUUAAGCUAAAGAAUGGGGAAGUAGGACUAAAUUACUGUGGCAGCACUGUGCUCUGAUAAAUCUGUAUCUGGAAUUUAAGCUUUACCAGUCUAGUCAUAGUGCAGCUUUAGCCUUGACAGGCUGAUGAGUUUUUGUUUGAAAAAUGAAGAUCACUGAUAAAAACACCCACAAAAUGACACUUCCUUCAAUACAGAAAGCUGUUUAAUUACCUCCAAACAAGAGUCAAAAGACCGAAGAUGAAUCUGUACCAGUGAGCAAACCAGUGUUCAGUGUAAAGGAAAUGGCAGUUAGUAACUUAAAAGUGAAGCUAUUUGCAUAUCUGAGCACCCUGCCCUAUUGCUCUUAGUGUAGGUUUUUAUUCCAGCUUAAUUUUAGUGACUUGUACAUACACAUGCAGCAAUUUGAAGUACAUUCUGAAGUACUGGGUUGCAGUCUUCUAAUAUAAAUCUUUCUUUUUUAGUCAAAUACUGGAAAUAAUGGCGGCAGUAAGAGACGAUGACCCACUUGAGUUGGCCAAUACUCUAUAUAACAACACCAUUAAAGUCUUCUUUCCAAAUAUG